UGUGUGUGUGAUUUUUGCUCGUGUGUAUUUAGUGUGUUCUUGCACAUCUAUGCGUCUGCAUACCCGAUAGGAUCAAUCCGGACUCUCCUUCAUUGUCUUUCUGUCUAUCUAUCCCCCAACGCCAUCUCUUGUGCACUCAGGUUCGGUCACCCUCGCCCGUCCUCACACGUUUACAAACGAAGGAUUUUUGGAGCUCAACAUUUUGCCUUCAUGGAGGAUUACCACAAACCUGACCAACAGACAGUGCAGGCGUUGAGGAACAUCGCCAAUCGCCUAAGGAUCAACUCCAUCAAGGCGACUACCGCAGCAGGCACAGGACAUCCUACAUCAUGCUGCAAUGUGGCCGAAAUCAUGUCUGUGCUCUACUUCCACACCAUGAAGUACCGCCCCGACGACCCACGAAACUUCCACAGCGAUCGCUUCCUCAUGUCCAAGGCUCAAUCUGCACCAGCCUUGUACUCCAUGUGGGUUGAAACAGGCUUCCUAAAGGAGAGUGAGUUGCUGAGUAUGUGCCAGGUUGACUCUUCACUGGAGGGCCACCUCAUCCCAAAGCAGCAAUUUGUGGACGUAACCACCGGCUAUUUGGGACAGGGACUCGGUGUGGCCUGCGGAAUGGCGUACACUGGGAAAUACUUUGACAAAGCCAGCUACCGUGUUUACUGCCUGUUGGGGGAUGGUGAAAUGUCAGAAGGCUCCGUAUGGGAAGCCAUGUCGUUCGCUUCCUACUACCAGCUCGACAACCUAGUGGCCAUCAUGGACAUCAACCGUCUGAGCCAAAGUGACUCUGCGCCUCUGCAGCAUCAUGCAGAGAAAUACCAGAGACGCUGCGAAGCGUUCGGUUGGCACGCCAUCAUUGUGGAUGGACACAGUGUGGAGGAGCUGUGCAAGGCUCUGAGCCAGCCACGCCAUCAACCCACAGCUAUCAUUGCCAAAACCAUCAAGGGCAAAGGCAUUCCAGCCGCAGAAGAUAAGAUGGGAUGGCACUCCAAAACUCUGCCCAAAGACAUGGCCGAGAUGGUCAUGAAGGAUCUGCAGAGUCGGAUCAUGAGCACCAGCAAGCACCUGUACCCUCCCGCUCCGAUCGAAGACUCCCCUCCCGUGAGCCUGAGGAACAUCCGUAUGGCCAGCGCACCCGCUUACAAGCCUGGAGAAAAGAUUUCCACACGCAAGGCCUAUGGGAUGGCCAUCACUAAGUUAGCUCGCUACAACGACCGUGUCGUGGCUCUUGACGGAGACACGAAGAACCUCACUUACUCGGAGAUCUUCAAGAAUGAGCAUCCUAAUCGCUUUGUGGAAUGCUACAUUGCCCAGCAGAAUAUGGUCAAUGUUGCCAUGGGAUGUACCGCUCGUGAGAGGAACGUUGUGUUUGCCAGCACCCUGGCAUCCUUUUUCACACGUGCCUACGACCAGCUCCGCAUGGCAGCCAUUUUAGAUAGCAACGUCAAUCUAUGUGGCUCCCACUGCGGCCUGUCCACUGGAGAGGAGGGGCCCUCCUUGAUGGGAUUGGAGGACAUGGCCAUGUUCAGGGCCCUCCCUAGAACAACCAUCUUUUACCCUUGUGAUGGAGUGUCUACAGAGAAGGCUGUGGAACUGGCCGCAUCCACAAAGGGUGUUUGCUAUAUCCGAACUAGCCGUCAAGACAAUGCCAUCAUUUACAACAGCAAUGACGAUUUCCAUGUUGGACAGGCUAAGGUAGGAAUUUCUCUGAUGCGCCUGUUUGAUGGGUUUACUGGAAAAGAAUCUUUUUGCCAGGUGGUCUACCAGAGCAAAGAGGAUCAGGUGACUGUGGUGGCUGCUGGAGUGACUCUGCAUGAGGCUCUGGCAGCAGCUGAACACCUCAAGAAAGAGAGGAUAUACGUGCGGGUGAUUGACGCGUUCACAAUCAAACCACUUGACUCCAAGACCAUCAUUGACCACACGCGUGCCACCAGAGGAAGAAUCCUUACUGUAGAGGACCAUUACUAUGAAGGUGGCCUGGGGGAGGCCGUGUGCUCGGCGGUUGUAAACGAGACUGGCUUCAAUCUGCAUCGUCUGGCCGUGUCUCACGUACCGCAUAGCGGCAAACCGCAAGACCUCCUCAAAAUCUACGGCAUCGACCGUGACGCCAUCGCCCAGGCCAUACGCAAGAUGCUCAGCACCUCCACCAACGCCAAGUAAAUCUCAAUCCAAACCUAUUUCUCACCAAACCUAUCAACAAUCGAGUCACACCACACCCAGCUCUCUCCUUUUCUUCACUGUGAAUCCCCUGUGAGUGUUUCAAGUAUUGUGAUUUUGUGAUUUUUCAAGGUAGAAUUACACUUUUGCUCAUCUUUUACACACUAAACACUAAUACACACACGCACACGCUCAUGGGCUACAUAUCCCAUCUUAUCCAAAUGUGGCCAAUCAACAACACACACUUUUUACAUGUUCAACGGGAGUAUUAUGUAAUGGUUCCAUGUGUUUUUGCAAUGCUUUUUUCAGUCACGUCAUUAAGAUGGCAAUGUUUUUUAUAUAUUAUUCAAAAUGUAGCUCUUGAAAUCAGGUGGGUGGUUAGUAUUAAAGUAGUUGUGGUGACGACGGUGUCAGAAAGAAACAAGAUGAGUUGUUGUGUGUAGAAGUUAGUGGAGAAAAAAUAAAUAAAAAACAAAUGUAGAUUGGGUAAAUGUUGCACAAAAAACACAGGUCAAGUCCGAUUCAAAUGUCGAAUUGUUUAUUCCUCAUUAUUGUUGUUGAUGUCAUCUACCAUACGCACCACACAUCAAGCAUACACUUGGACCACACCACCAGACCAGUAUACGUUAUGAUGUGACCAUUGACAUGUUUUUUAUGCGGCGGCUUGGUUCCUCCCAUGCAGUGAUGCAGAAGUUUGAUUGUGACUGUGCAGGUCUGAUUUGUGAACCUAAGAACUGUUACUUGAAGUUUUGUAAGAACCAUUCUUUCAUGGAAUAAAGCCCUCUACAUUUGA